AUGUCGUUAGAGGAUGCUGUCGGUGGCUCUGCCCUCAAGAUCUAUAGGAAGGUCAUCAACAAGCUCACCUCUAUGCUCAACCAUUGCCUCAAGGAUGAUAUCAACAAGUUCAACGUCAAAAAUGAGCUCAACAUUGUAGAGCGUUUACUACAUCAUGGUAGCAUUUAUGUUGAAGACGAUUCUUUAAUCCUUUCUGAGGUGAAAUACAAGCAUGUAGCCUACCUCCCUUAA